ACCCAAAACCUUACACUACUUCACGUACACGAAGAACGAGAGAGACGUUAGCGCCGGAACAAUCCCGUCUUCCCGUUCUUAAGCGAAGGGAAACGCGAGUCGUGCGCUUUCUUGGAUCACUCAACGCCCCAGUCACCGCCGCUCUGCUCUCUCCUCCCUCCCCCACCCCGCCCGUUGUUCCGAUCCCGCAUUGCUCUAUAUCUAGGGUUUCGCCUCUCCUUAACGAUUCCGUGAGUUGCUUCGUAUCUGGGACUUGCGUUUAUUCGAGAUGGGAAUCUCGGAGGAGAGGGUGGUGGCGGUGAUCAUGGUCGGCGGUCCCACAAAAGGAACUCGCUUCCGGCCUCUUUCUUUGAACGUUCCGAAGCCGUUGUUUCCCUUGGCUGGUCAGCCGAUGGUCCAUCACCCGAUCUUGGCUUGCAGAAGAAUCCCCAAUUUGGUGCAAAUUUAUCUUGUUGGAUUCUACGAGGAGAGGGAGUUUGCGCUUUAUGUGUCAGCCAUCUCGAUUGAGCUCAGAAUCCCUGUUCGGUAUCUAAGGGAAGACAAGCCGCAUGGUUCAGCGGGAGGGCUUUACAGCUUUAGAGAUUUUAUCAUGGAAGAGGACCCGUCCCAUAUAGUUCUUCUGAACUGUGAUGUUUGCUCAAGCUUCCCAUUGCCAGAUAUGCUUGAGGCUCAUAAAACAUAUGGUGGGCUAGGAACAGUAUUAGUAAUUAAGGUAUCUGCUGAAUCAGCCAAUCAGUUUGGUGAGUUGGUUGCAGACCCUGUUACAAAUGAGCUGCUCCACUAUACUGAGAAACCAGAAACUUUUGUGAGUGACCGAAUAAAUUGUGGUGUGUACAUAUUUACACCAGAUAUCUUUCCUGCCAUCCAAAGUGUCUUUACACUAAGGAAAGACACAGCUAACUUGCACCGUAUGAACAGCUUUGAAGCUCUCCAAUCAGCAACAAAAACAGUUCCUGCAGACUAUGUUAGGCUGGAUCAGGAUAUAUUGUCUCCUCUUGCUGGAAAGAAGAAACUCUAUACAUAUGAGACGCUUGACUUUUGGGAACAGAUCAAGACCCCAGGGAUAUCUUUGAGAUGUUCUGCCUUGUAUCUGGCCCAAUAUCGUUGUAUUUCUCCACAUCUUCUUGCUACAGGGAAUGGCAGUAAAAGUCCCACCAUCAUUGGUGAUGUUUAUAUUCAUCCAUCAGCAAAAGUACAUCCAAGUGCAAAGAUUGGUCCUAAUGUCUCCAUUUCUGCAAAUGCUCGUAUUGGAGCUGGUGUGAGGCUCAUCAGUUGCAUCAUCUUGGAUGAUGUUGAAAUUAAGGAAAAUGCUGUUGUUAUGCAUGCUAUCGUUGGCUGGAAAUCGUCUAUAGGGAGAUGGUCACGAGUACAGGCCGAGGGAGACCACAAUGCCAAACUUGGAAUCACUAUCCUCGGAGAAGCUGUUGCAGUUGAAGAUGAAGUUGUGGUGGUUAACAGUAUUGUCCUGCCAAAUAAAACCCUUAAUGUUAGCGUUCAAGAAGAAAUCAUCCUAUAAUCUUCUCAAUUUUUCAGAUCCACCUUUCUGCAAUCUACCUUUUCCCUUUUUUUUCUGUAAUAUCAAUUAUGUCUAUGAAAAAAAAAAGAAAAAAAGAGAUGUACAUUUUAUUGGUGUGGUACUGUACAAAAAGCUGCAACUUCAUGCUGCUUAUGUAGUACUAGACAUGUUUAAUUGAGCAUACAUUUCAUUGUA